AUGUUUGUCGGCACAACCAUCGACAUAGCGUGUCUCAUGUUCAUGAGCACGCAUAUUGGUUCGGCGUUCCUAAGCUUCCUGCUCCCAACCAGAGUACUGUUGGAUUGGGCAAUGCAACCACAAGUGGCUCCUCCGUAUGUACCAAAGAGACUCAGGAGGAGACCAUCAGCAGCCAAAGAGGCAAUCACCCGGGCGAUUGGAGCAUUCAGCAGUGUCCUGUUGACUCUGGGGUCCACGACAAUGCUGUUGUAUCAGCUCAUUGACUUGUCGGUCAGAGAGUCGAUGGAACUCACGACGGUAGAGACCAAAUCGAAGCCAAGCUCUGACAACUUGGGCGAUGACCCAUUCCUCGAUCAGGAAGACGACGAUCCGGAGGGACCAUACUCCAGCAAGGCAAGAGGCUACUCGAAGCACACGAAGGAUGUUCGAAUGCUUUGGGACAUCACACCACCCAAGGAUAGAUCUGAACCGACGACGAUGCAGCUCUUCAUCAGGUUCCUGUUGCUGCUCAAGGGCGGACUCGAGAUAGCUGCUUGCGAAGGAAACCCACUGGUGGCUUACCAAGUGGUGCUCCUAUCACUGUCGAGUCGAAUAAACAGGAGUGCAGUCGAUCAUCAGUACGACUCGGACUCCAUCCUCAUAGCAAUCGACAAUUGCUCAUCGAGAUGCAUCACCAACUCGAUGGCAGACUUCAUUGACAAGCCGACCAAAGUCAGCGUAUCGGUCCAGGGAAUUGGUGGAUCUGUGAUGGCCACAUUUAGAGGCACCGUUGCUGUCUCCACAGCAUUGGUCAAGAGUCAUGAGUGA